AUGCACCCCGACCUGGAAAGCGGCGGCCUCCUGUCCAAGGCGCAGGCCGCGGAGCUGCGGGACUUCCAGAAGCGAUCUGGGGCGCGCGCUCUCAAAUUCGCGACCGACCCCGCGGCCGUCGGCAUGACGGCUGCGCCGUGCUCGCGGGGGGACGGGUCGGAGGCGAUGCGGUUCACGACGUCGACGCCUUUUGGCGUCAGCGGCGUCAAGGCGGACGCGGUGCUCGGUUUCUCGGGGAUACAAAGGUGCCCAGCCAUCGACGGCACCGCGACCGGCAAGUGCUGCAGCAAGCCGCAGGACGCGGCCACGCGCCUCUGCGGCCCCUGCACUGUGACCGCCGCGCUGCGGGAGCCGCCAAAGGCAGCCGCCCUCCCCCGCAAGGCCGCCGCGGGCGCGGCCGCCGCGGCCGCGCCCGGGACGCUGGUCAACGGAAUGCUGGUCAACCACGGCGACGGGCGGCAGGCGCUCGCGUUCACCGUCGACUGCAGCGCGGAGGCGGCGUCCUGCAUGGUGCUGGGGCACUUGGGGCUGGCGUGGGCACUAAGAAACGUCAUCCCGGGGCAGCGGCGGACGAUCCUAUCGCUGCAGAUUGACGACGUCUUCCUGUCUACGAACAACCUGAUUGGCGGCAAGUACCGCUGCACCCCCGCCGACCUCCAGACCACGGCGGCCUGGCAGAACUCGAUGAAUGCAAAGCUGCCCCCCGGCAGCAACAUCCGGCUGGAUAUGAUGUUCAACGGCAACGGCGUCCUCGCUCAAGUCGAGAGCCCAGACACCGUCCAGAACGUCCCCGCCUGCUUUGAGACAGACCUAUAUCGCCAGCUGGGCUGCAACUGCUGGGGCGGCCUCAUGGCCGCGUGCCCUGUGGACGCCAACUGGUUUUGCAGGUCGUGCACCAAGGACUGGAAGAGGGUGCGCGGCAGCCCGGGCGCGGAGUACGUCCCGCCCCCGAGCGUGGCCAGCUGGAACGACUUCACCUUUACUAAUUAUGAUGACCUGUACAAGACUGUGAAGACGAACAAGCAGCUGACGGACUCGUUCUUUUGGGCCUCCCACACCUUCAGCCACCAGAUGCUGGACAACGUGACCUACGAUACGAUGAAGAUCCAGCUGGACCUGAACCUCAAGAUGGCAUCAGAUAUGUACCUGGGCCUGUCCAGCCGCCCCUCCUUCAGCUCUACCAGCAUGGUGACCCCGGCCAUCAGCGGCCUCUUUAACGGCGAUGCCCUGGCCGCGAUCGCAGCGGCGGGCAUCACCACUGUGGUGGGGGAUAACACGUGGCCCACGCUGCUGCUGAACAAGGACUCGCCCUAUCACCUACUGGCGACGACGGAGGCAAACAACGGCUACCCCCCGCCCGGCGGCCCCGCGAUGGCCAUCAUGCCGCGCUGGUCCACCGCGAUCGCAUUCACCUCCUCCACCAUACAGGAGGCUCUGGACACCUGGAACGCCGCCGCGCCGCCCGCGACCAAGGCGGCGUCGUUCGACGCGCUGCUGAAGAGCGAGGCGCACCGCGUGGUGAAGGACGCGCUGCUGGCCCUGAGGCACGACGGGCACAUGUUCCACCAGGCGAACCUGCGUGUUGCCGGCAGUGGCGGCCCAGGCAGCCUGGUCAUGAUGUGGGCCGAGGCGGUCCUGACGCAGCUGACGUCGUUCGUCAACUGGCCCGUCGACUCGGUCAAACUCGACGACCUCAGUCAACUCUACGUGCGGCGGCAGUCAAGGGACGACUGCAAGCUGUCGUAUUCUCUUGGGGUGAGCAGGAAGGACCAAGCGGUCAAGUCGGUCACUUUGACAGCCGCGGGCGCGCCCGGCGCCGGCGGCCAGUGGUGCAGCGCGCCGCUGAUUGUGCGGCCGGGCGUCGACUUGAUCGACGACGGCGCCGGCGGCGCCGCGGCGAGCGGCGCCGCGAACUCGCGCGCGGCGGCGGCGACGGCGGGGGACGGGGCGCGAAACGUGAUCGCCAGGGUGCCGCCGAAGGGGUCGGUCACGAUGCGGGUGUCGGGGGACAUCCCGUGGAUGGUUAUGGCGUAG